UCGGCGUAUGCCCUUUCCUUCCUUUCAAUAAUAGAGCCGCAGCGGCCUUCCAUUGCAGUUGCACAACUCUCUCUCACUCACACACAUCUUCACUAUCCCCUUUUUAUCCUAACGAUUUUUUCUGCAGAAACCCUAAUUCCAACGGCUAUUUAAACCUCGAUCGUUCUAUUCUAUUCAACAGAAGACAGGUCAAUGGGAGACACGAAGGAGAACGAUGCAUAUGAAGAGGAGCUUCUCGACUACGAGGAAGAAGAUGAAAAAGCCCCGGACUCAGUCAACGCCAAGGUCAACGGAGAGGCCGUAAAGAAGGGUUAUGUAGGGAUUCACAGUUCAGGAUUCAGAGACUUCCUCUUGAAGCCAGAGCUUUUACGGGCUAUUGUGGAUUCAGGAUUUGAACAUCCAUCAGAAGUUCAACACGAGUGCAUACCUCAAGCAAUUUUGGGGAUGGAUGUUAUUUGCCAGGCUAAGUCUGGUAUGGGGAAAACUGCUGUAUUUGUUCUUUCAACACUGCAGCAGAUUGAACCUGUUGCAGGUCAAGUUGCUGCUCUUGUUCUGUGUCAUACAAGGGAACUGGCGUAUCAGAUCUGUCAUGAAUUUGAGCGAUUCAGCACAUAUUUGCCAGAUAUCAAAGUUGCUGUUUUCUAUGGUGGCGUCAGCAUAAAAAUCCACAAAGAUCUUCUGAAGAAUGAAUGUCCUCAUAUUGUUGUAGGAACACCUGGAAGGAUACUUGCUCUAGCAAGAGACAAGGACCUUUCUUUAAGAAACGUGAGGCAUUUCAUUCUUGAUGAGUGCGACAAGAUGCUCGAGUCUCUUGAUAUGAGGAGGGAUGUGCAGGAGAUUUUCAAAAUGACACCUCAUGACAAGCAAGUUAUGAUGUUUUCGGCUACGCUCAGCAAGGAGAUUCGACCUGUUUGCAAGAAAUUUAUGCAAGAUCCAAUGGAGAUUUACGUGGACGACGAGGCAAAGUUGACCCUUCAUGGUCUUGUACAGCACUACAUCAAAUUGAGUGAGUUAGAGAAAAACCGGAAGCUGAAUGAUCUGCUCGAUGCAUUGGACUUCAACCAAGUUGUCAUUUUCGUCAAAAGUGUCAAUAGAGCUGCUGAGCUGAACAAGUUGCUCGUGGAGUGUAAUUUUCCAUCUAUUUGCAUCCACUCUGGCAUGUCCCAAGAAGAAAGAUUGACUAGGUACAAGGGAUUCAAGGAGGGGCACAAGAGGAUUCUUGUAGCAACAGACUUGGUUGGAAGAGGAAUUGACAUAGAGCGAGUGAACAUUGUGAUUAACUAUGAUAUGCCAGAUUCUGCAGACACUUAUCUCCACCGGGUGGGUAGAGCUGGAAGGUUCGGCACCAAAGGGCUUGCCAUCACAUUUGUUUCGUCUGCAUCUGAUUCAGAUGUUCUUAAUCAGGUGCAGGAGAGGUUUGAAGUAGAUAUUAAAGAACUUCCUGAGCAGAUUGACACAUCUACUUACAUGCCGUCUUAGAGCCUGCUCGUUUCUUGUAGAAGAUGAACAAGACUGCACGUAAGAGAGGAUGGGAUUGCCUCUGGUUACUGAGAGCAUUAUUUUCUUGAACUCUGUUGAAUAUCAGAUCCAUUCAGGAGUUGAUGGUUAUGGUUGCUUUUUGGUGCUGCUGUGUGAUUUUAACCAUCAUUGGACUCUUCGGCCUGUUUAACAUGGAUAAUUGAGAUAACCAUCCUGACAGGCGUCUUGCUUGUGAUGAUCAUGAUGAAUAUCUGCGCUGGAUUUAAUGUGCUACGAAAUUUUCAUUGGUUGCUCAAUUUCUUAUGUUAGGCAGCAUAACAAUUCACUCUGUGGGUUAUCAGCUGCUCGUUGUAGUGAGAUAGAUUUGGUUGAUUGCUUUUGAAUUAUGGUGGUUUGUAGUGGGAGGUGCAGGCCUUGUAUAGAUGUGAGUGAAUCAUGUUUUACUCUGCGUGGCCACUUUAUUUGAAAAUGAUAGGAUGGAAGUCUAAUGUCGAAAAUAGUAAAAAGGAAGUGUUAAACCAGCUGUCUUUUUGAUUCAUAAUUUGUGAGCGCACCCAUUUGUUGGAGUUGCUGUUUAGGAUUUGACUUCAUCUGAGGAACGCGUUGGACAUUGAAUUUUGUAUAAAUUUCAGUAAAUGAUCUCACAUAUUAGUGAAAUUUGCUCAUGGAAGUCGGAAAGAUAAAAAUUGAGCGAGCUGUAGGUUGCUGAAUCCAGAUGAAGGAACUGGCCUGUUGGGCUUUGUGGCUGCUUUACCUUGCCUGCGUUACUAAGAAAGUAUUCGCAAGAGACAAGCUGAAGGUCGUACGUAUUUCCUAUCAUUUGACGUAAGAUUAAUUGGUAAGAAAUUGUGGGAGUUGGAGUUGAUGCUUUACUUCCCCAACGUCGACAAGUGAGCAAUUUUGGAAAAUAGGAAGGGGUACAUUGUACGCCUGAUUGGGAUGGGAUAUAUAUAGGAACAGAGAGAGGACCACGGGUAAAGCAGGCAGACUUUUGGAAAUUCUACUCCAC